AUGUUGAACAAGAUCUACGAAUGGAUAGAAACAAGCUUUGGCAAUCCUCGCAACGGGGAACCAGCUGCGGAGCACUUGCCUGGUCACCGAGCAACAAGAGAUGGUCAAGCAAGAAGGAAAAGACCGAUUGAAUGUUUGGAGGAUGGCCAUAAGGUGGAGCAAGAUGCCUUAGUGAUUAAGAAAUCUCGAAUGGGAGAUCUUAUUGAUUCAGUAAAAAGUGCAGCAGAAGGUGUAAAGAAUCAGAGUACCAGUGUGGCUACAUGGAUGCGUAACAAUGUGAGCCCAACUUGGAGAAAUUUUCUGCCUACCUCCCCUGGUUCCCCUCCCGGGGAGUCCCAGCCCUCGACAUCAACAGCUGUCUGGACAGGAGAGCCGAUUGUUGACAGGAAUUCUUUGAAUGAGACAUUUGCUGCCCCCUCAACAACUCUGGAGUGGAAAACAACCAAAUCAGAGUGGUUGCGUAAUGAGAAGUCUGUAAUGGGAUCGAAAGUCUGCAGGCGACAGGUGUGUAUGAGUGCCACACACCGUGAGGUGCCAAAAACAAACGGGCAUUCAGUCACCGUGCCACCCUCCAUCACCCCCAAACUGCAGCCCACCCCGCGGGUACGCAGGCCCCUGAACCGCCGACCACAUGGGAUUUCAAGUUUGCUUGGUGGAAUGGGCACAACAAGCAGCUCCUGCACAAGCAUGUAUGAGAAGACCUUUCCCAUCAAAGUGGUGCAGAGCCCCACACACAGCAUCUUAUCAAGCCGCUUAAACAAAACCAUGCCACGCUGCACAGCACAGGAGUCUGUUCGUGAAGAGGAGAAAGAGAUCUACAGGCAGCUUCUCACCAUGGUUUCUGGUGGUCAGUCGUCUUUCCUUCACAACGGCAGCUCUCACACCAUUGUGAGGUCACACAGAGAUUUCACCAGCUUCCUCACCAGCCGGAUUAUACGACAAAUCUCCUCACCAGCUGGUUCAGCAACAGGAGGAACCUCAGAUGGACCCAGUAGCCCCCCCAGCCCCCGAGGGAUAUCAAGCCAAUGCUCCAGCAACAUCCCCAGCCCAGUUGGAGCCUCCAGCAAGUCAGGGAUGGGGUCUCAAGACAUAGACCUCAGCUCCAGGAUUGCAUCAGCUCUCACAUCCGCUCCUUCCCCAUCAGCUCUGCAGGAUAACACCUCUCAGGACACACAGUCAUCAAUACAUGAUGGUGAUUCUGUAAUUCUUGUAAAUGAGCAAAGAGGUAAAAAGCAAGACAGCUCGAGCGUACCAUAUUUCCAAGCCGAGCUAUGGAUCAAAGAAUUGACAAGUAUGUAUGACUCUCGAGCGAGAGAACGACGGAGACAGAUAGAAGAACAGGAAGCGCUGGCCGCCCAGCUCCUGCGACAGCGCUUGUCUGAGGAGGGGCAGCAUAGCUCAGAUGUGGAGGUCCAUGUUCGGGUUCCUCUGGAAAAGGAGGUCCCUUUGUCUCCUGUCACCGAGGGGACGAAGGUGUUGGAGGAGAUACCAGAAUUUCCUGAACUCACAGAGGAAAUGGAUGCUGAGGUGAACAGGGCCCUGAUGAGAGGGGGUAAUCCUCAUGAAGUCCUAAGUGAAGGUUUUGGUCUCAGCCUCACAAGAAAAGACCUGCAAACCCUCAGCAACCUCAACUGGCUCAAUGAUGAGGUCAUAAACUUUUACAUGAACCUGCUGGUUGAGCGCAGCAAGGAGCCCAGCCUGCCAUCAGUCAACACCUUCAACACUUUUUUCUAUCCUAAACUGCGCAGCAGUGGCUACUCUGCUGUCCGCCGCUGGACAAAGAAGACAGACGUCUUCGCUAAAGACAUCCUUUUGGUUCCUGUUCACUUGGGGAUGCACUGGUGCUUGUCUGUUGUUGAUUUUCGCAAAAAGUCCAUAAAGUACUUUGACUCUAUGGGUGGGAAUAACGACCAAGCAUGCCAAAUAUUGUUUGACUACCUACAACAGGAAAGUAAGGACAAGAAGGGCAAAGCACUGGACACCUCGGGCUGGACUCUGCACAGCAAAAAGCCCAGUGAAAUCCCUCAGCAGAUGAAUGGUAGCGACUGUGGAAUGUUCACCUGCAAAUAUGCGGAUUACAUCACCAAAGACAGGCCAAUCACGUUCACACAGAAACACAUGCCAUAUUUCAGAAGAAGGAUGGUUUGGGAGAUCGUCAACCACAAGCUGCUGUGA